GUUGGCAGUCAAACUUUUAGCAGCUAAAAAGAGAACGCAAAGAUACGAAAUAGACUACAACACAGGAUCUCUAUCAACAACAGCAAACCUGAAAAAGGGAUCACCUGACUUUGACAACUUUAGCCGACGCUUUUGGAUUUUGCCGAGUUUCUUCGUGAUCUCCUGAAACGAUGAUGUACUCUGCUUUCAACACGGAUUGUGACUCCUCUUCCCGGUGCAGUACCGCUUCUCCAGCUUGCGACAACCUGGCUUACUACAACUCUCCUGCGGGAUCUUACUCCACUAUAGGCUCUCCCCAAUCUCAGGACUUCACAGACCUGACUUCAGUGUCCAGUGGCUCCUUCAUCCCUACUGUCACGGCUGUCUCUGCCAGUCCAGACCUGCAGUGGAUGGACCAGCCGCUCGUAUCCUCCGUGGCCUCUUCUCACAGAGUCCAUCCCUACAGUGUCAGCCCACCAACCUACACUAGUGCCAUGAGGAACAAGGGCCACAGCUCUGGGCGCAGAGCCAGAAUGGAACAGCUUUCUCCUGAGGAAGAGGCGAAGAAGAGUUUCCGUAGAGAGAGGAACAAGCAGGCAGCAGCUAAGUGCCGCAACAGGAGGAAGGAACUCACCGACACUCUGCAGGGUGAAACUGACGAGCUGGAGGAUGAGAAGUCCGCUCUCCAGAACGACAUCGCCAACCUGCUCAAAGAGAAGGAGAAGUUGGAGUUUAUCCUGGCAGCCCAUCAGCCCAUCUGCAAGAUCCCCUCUGAUAUGGACACUGUUUUCCCCUCCCACUCCUACGGGGUCUCCAUCCAGCUGUCCCCACCCCAGCCUCAAAGCAUGGUCUCCGUCUGCUCGGCGACUCCCCUCACCUCCAUUCCGUCGACCGCCAGCUCCAACCUCUCCACCUCAGCCUCAAUCUUCUCCAGCAGCCCCCUCCUGUCCACCAUCUCCGUCUCUGACGUCAAGAUGGCCGACCUGGACACAGCCUGCCUGGAGGAGUCCCUGUCUCUCCUCUCCAAGACGGAGAUGGAGACGGCCCGGUCGGUGCCCGAUGUGGAUCUGACCAGCUCCCUGUACACCCAGGACUGGGAGCCUCUCUACAGCACAGCCAAUAAUGACUUUGAGCCCCUGUGCACCCCUGUGGUCACCUGCACCCCAUCCUGCACCACGUACACAUCUUCCUUCGUCUUCAGCUAUCCUGAGGCGGAGGCGUUGCCUACCUGUGGCGUAGCCCAACAGAAAGGGAGCAGCAGCAACGAUCAAUCCUCUGACUCCCUCAGCUCCCCUACACUCCUAGCCCUGUGAGCAGGAGAACCGUAGUCCCUGAGCUCCCCUACACUCCUAGCCCUGUGAGCAGGAGAACUGUAAGUC